GUUUUAUUUGAAGUAAGAAAAAAUUUAGCUACCAAGAUGAGCAGCCAGGAAAUCGACACGAGCUCUCCGGACUCCGUUCGCGCUAAGAAACGCUGCACCAAGAAGAAGAGCACCACAAUCAUAUUCGCCGAACGCGUCUUGGCUGACAUGGGCCGCUUCUGCAUGAACGAACUAUACUCGGACGUCACGUUCCUGGUGGAGGAUGAGCGCCUCCCAGCCCACUGCAUGAUUCUGGCUGCGCGCAGUGAAUACUUCCGCGCAAUGCUCUACGGGUUCAUGUCCGAGUCAAAGAAACGCGAAAUAGAGCUGGUUGUGCCGUUGGAGGCAUUUAAGGUAAUCCUCGGCUACUUUUAUUCGGGCACAAUAAGAAUUUCCACACUGGACGUGGAUGUCACCCUCAAAGUGCUCGAUGUAGCCAAUAUGUAUGGCUUGGUGGAAGUCAAGUCGGCUUUAUCCGACCAUCUGCAGGAGCAUAUGGAUGUUUCUAACGUGUGCAAGAUUCUAGAUGCAGCGCGCCUAUACCAUCUGGAAAAUCUGACAGGGAAUUGCCUCACGUUCAUGGACAACAAUGGAGCCGAAAUGAUAGAACAUGAAUCAUUCCUAACACUGUCCAAGGACUCACUUGAGGAAGUGCUGCGACGGGACACUUUCAUUGCCGACGAGCUGUAUAUCUUUCUAUGUAUAUUGCAAUGGAGUCAACAAAAUCCGAACUCGGACAUAAAGUCGGUGGUCUCGCUCGUGCGUCUCCCGCUGAUGAGUGUCGACCAGCUUUUACAUGAUGUGCGUCCUCAUGGAAUCUUCGGGCCGGAAAAAAUACUCGACGCCAUCAAUGAAGGUAAUACCAUCGACUCGGCCAAUCUGCCCUAUCGUGCCGUCGUGUGUCCAGGGGAGGAUGUUGCUUCUUUCGAAAGACAUCAGGCGUCCCGUUCGGUAAUCAAUGACAAUGAGAUCUCGAUCGAGCUGAGAUGCUGGUAUAAAAUCAACAUAAUCAGUAUUCUAGGUACAUUCGAUCGUACAUUAAAUACCCUACAAUGCGCCGUGGAGGUCUCUUGCGACAUGACUAAAUGGUCUCGCUUGGGAACUACCAGAUUUACAUUAUCGCCCACCUGGCAGAAUAUCAAUUUCACGACCCAGGCUGUUCGCUUCAUUCGUAUCGUGCAUCCAGAGUCUGGACGCAAAAAUAUAUUAAAAUAUUUGCACCUUAAAGCCUUUCUUGACAACACUGAGAACACUGAUAACACUGAGAACACUGAUAACACUGAUAACACUGAUAACACUGAGGACACUGAGAACACUGAGAACACUGUUCCCUAGAAGACCGAUUUGGACAUGUUUAAAGUAGAGAAUCCUGCCGACUAAAUUCCUGUAAAUGUAAUAUGUUAUAUGUAUAUGUUAUAGAAAUAGCAAAAUAAAUAUUGCUGAUAAUUGUUGUUCUCAAA